AAAAGAGCAAAAAAUAUUAGUAUUACCAGUCAGAAGUGAAUUGAUAUAGUUGUCGUUGCAUAUUCACCGUGUUCAUUCUUCCAACUCCAAACGAAUCACCACACGCAAACACUUCCCAAUGUCUUCACCGUCGCUGGCCACCGUCUCCGCCGUCUCCAACUCAACUCCGCCGUUCGACCGCGCCAAAGCCGUCAAGGAAUUCGACGAGUCCAAGACCGGAGUCAAGGGCCUCAUCGAUUCCGGAAUCAAGACCAUCCCCUCUUUCUUCGUUCACCCGCCAGAAACCCUCUCCGACCUCAAACCCCGACCCGAAUCCGAUUCCAAACCCGAAAUCCCAACCAUCGACCUCGCCGCCGUGAACGAAUCCCGCGCCGCUGUUGUGGAUCAGAUCCGCCGUGCGGCGAGCAGUGUUGGAUUCUUCCAGGUGGUUAACCACGGCGUCCCGCUGGACCUCCUCCGCCGCACUGUUGCCGCCAUCAAGGCGUUUCACGAGCAGCCGGAGGAGGAGAGGGCGCGGGUGUACACUAGGGAAAUGGGCACGGGAGUGUCGUACAUAUCCAACGUGGAUCUCUUCCAGUCAAAAGCUGCCAGCUGGCGCGACACACUGCAGCUUAGGAUGGGGCCGACCGCAGUUGAUCAAAGCAUGAUUCCAGAAGUUUGCAGGCAGGAGGUGAUGGAGUGGGACAAGGAAGUGGUGCGGGUGGGAGAAGUUUUGUAUGGUUUGCUAAGUGAAGGGUUGGGAUUAGAUGCGGGAAGGCUCAGCGAGAUGGGUUUGGUGCAAGGGAGGGUGAUGGUGGGUCACUAUUACCCCUUUUGCCCUCAGCCUGAUCUAACGGUGGGACUCAAUUCUCAUGCGGAUCCAGGGGCGCUUACGGUGGUGCUGCAGGAUCAUAUUGGUGGGUUGCAGGUUAGGACCACAGAGGGGUGGGUUGAUGUCAAGCCUCUGGAUGGAGCUUUGGUUAUUAACAUUGGAGAUUUACUUCAGAUAAUUUCUAACGAGGAAUAUAAGAGUGCUGAUCAUAGGGUGUUAGCCAAUUCUGCUAAUGAGCCACGAGUCUCGGUGGCUGUUUUCCUCAACCCGGGUAACAGGGAGAAGCUGUUUGGACCUUUGCCAGAGCUAACAUCAGCAGAGAAGCCAGCUCUUUAUAGGAAUUUCACUCUCGAUGAAUUCCUGACCAGAUUCUUCAAGAAAGAGCUGGAUGGUAAGUCAUUGACAAAUUACUUCAGGCAGUGAUGUUCAUACAGCUAUUGCUGGGUUAUAUUUGUAAAAAGUCAAGUAUAUUGUAAAAGUACAUUUGUUGCUAGUAAUAAAACAAUGCAAGGGUUCUAACAUGGGUGUGUAUGGAAAACUAAAAUUGUUGUUAGACGUCAUAUCCACUUUUGUAAUCUUUGUCUCGAAAGGGAUUCUAGAACAAUGUUUUUCUUUUGUCAA